AUGCAUUUCGCGGAUUUCGUCGCUGGUUAUGUAGGAGGGGCCUUUGGUGUGGUUGUGGGCUACCCUCUGGACACAGUGAAGGUGCGGAUUCAAACACAGAACAGGUACAGGGGAGUGUGGCACUGUAUUCGCUCCACAUGCAAGACUGAGGGGGUGAAUGGUUUCUACAGGGGCAUGUUGAUGCCGGUCUCGACUGUGUCCCUCAGCUCCUCUGUGCUGUUUGGGACCUACAGGAAUGUCCUUCAGUGCCUCUGUCAGCUGCGACGUGGCAGUCCUGAUGUCAAACCUGCCAAGCAGGAUAUCUUCCUCUCAGGCCUGGCCGGAGGAGUUGCCCAGGUAUCGGUGAUGUCCCCAGCCGACAUAGUAAAGGUGCGCCUGCAGUGUCAGGGACUUUCAGCCGGGGCCACAAAGCCCAAGUACCACGGCUCCAUCCACUGUCUGCUCACCAUCGCUCGUGAGGAAGGAAUUCUGGGGCUCUAUAAGGGAGCCCAGGCUCUGGCUCUGAGAGACGGACCCGCCUUUGCCAUCUACUUCACCAUCUAUAAUAUGAUCUGUGAGCAGCUGGCGGCUCCAGGGCAGACCCAGCCAGAAUGGAAAGUGGUCUUGCUGGCGGGAGGUCUGUCAGGGAUGUGCAGCUGGGGCAUUGCAACGCCCAUGGAUCUGAUCAAAGCUCGUCUGCAGAUGGACUGGAUGGGAGAGCAGAGAUACCGAGGUUUUUUCCACUGUAUCACCGACAGUGUGCGCUCCGAGGGACCCGGCGUCCUUUACAAGGGGCUCAGUCUCAACUGCAUACGUGCCAUCCCUGUCAACAUGGCAGUGUUUUCCAUGUACGAAGUAGUGCUUCGCCUUCUAAAACCCUCAGCUUAACUUUACAUGUAGCCUUUUUUUUCCAGCAUAUGUUGUAUCUUUAUACUG